UGAUUUUACACGGGACUAAUUCGUUAUUCAAUAUGCUGAUAAGAGUAAUUAGCACAGACAACAAAAGAUUAUAACAGACAUCAUAACACAAUGAAUUCAAUUUUAAUUUAAUGUUUAGUUAUGUUACUGGCAGUUGUGGUGUGGUAAUUAUUUACAAAUCGCCAGCUUUUUAUUGUGGAAUUAAGCCAUUAAAAUUAAGUACUUGUAGCAGUUAUAAGAAAUAGAGGUAACGAGACACAAUGUACUGUCCUCACUGAGAUUUCUGAGAAACACUAACUAUAAAUUAUACUGGCAAACAAGGAAUUUAACAAGAAACUUCACAAUGUCCCAGAAACCGAGCAGGCAGGGUAGUUACAUUUCUAUUAAUGUACCUGAAACAGCCAACCAUGCCACUCGAAGGCGAUUUUUCUCAGUGUUCAGGAAAAAAACACCCCAUAGUGAAACUUCUGCUCAGGGUACAAAAAAUGCAGAAAUCAGAAGGUUAUUGGCUCUUGCAAAGCCUGAAAAAUGGAAAAUUAUAUGUGCAAUAGGUUUUUUAUUAGUUUCUAGUACUGUGACAAUGGCGAUUCCAUAUAGUUUAGGUAAAAUUUUAGAUGUAGUUUAUAAGGAUAAACCUGAUGGUGCAACAGCAGAUGAAGCAAAACAAAAUUUGUUUAAAAUCACAACAAUUUUAAUGGGAGUAUUUGUUUUGGGUGCUGUCUGUAAUUUUGGAAGAAUAUAUUUCAUGUCAAUAGCUAGUUACAAAAUUAUACAAAGGUUACGUUCAAAAGUAUUCAAUUCAAUUUUAAAACAAGAACAAGGCUGGUUCGACAAACGAUCAACUGGCGAGUUAAUUAAUAGAUUAUCAUCAGAUACUCAAGUGGUUGGUCAAGCUUUGUCAACGAAUAUUUCCGAUGGUCUCAGGUCAUUUGUUAUGGUAUGCGCUGGUACGGGAAUGAUGAUAUACAUGUCUCCUAAACUUGCGUUGGUGGGCUUGACGGUGGUACCGCCGCUAGUCUUGGUGGCAGUUUGUUACGGCCGAUUCGUGCGUAAUGUCUCGAAGAAAUUGCAGGAUUCGCUGGCGGAAGCGGGAAAAGUGGCUGAAGAACGAAUCGGUAACAUUCGAACGGUCAAAACUUUCGCACAAGAGCAAAGGGAAAUGCAGACCUACUCUGAAACAAUAAAUGCAAUCCUAAGUAUAUGCUACAAGGAAUCCAAGAUGAGAGGGAUAUUUUAUGCCAUGACUGGAUUUAGUGGACAUGUGAUAAUAAUAUCUGUUUUGUAUUAUGGUGGAAUAUUGGUGGCGACUGAUAGUUUGACCGUUGGUGAUUUAUCAUCAUUCUUGUUGUACGCUGCUUAUAUUGGCAUAUCAUUGGGCGGUCUUUCUAGUUUUUAUUCAGAAUUGAACAAGUCCCUUGGAUCAGCCACAAGACUAUGGGAAAUUAUUGACAGGGAGCCUUGCAUACCAAUUCAAGGUGGUUUAAUACCAAUGCAACCUCCAGAAGGUCACAUAUUAUUUAAGGAUAUAAAUUUUGCAUAUCCAUCAAGGAAUGACGUUCAGAUAUUCAAAAAUCUCAAUUUGGAAAUCACACCGGGACGCACGGUUGCCGUUGUCGGACCAAGCGGUUCUGGAAAAAGCACCUUGGGGGCUCUACUGUUACGACUAUAUGAUCCCUCUAAUGGUUCCGUCAUUUUAGACGACAGUGAUAUAAAAAAACUGGAUCCUUGUUGGAUUAGGAGAUUUAUUGGGACAGUUAGUCAGGAACCUAUAUUAUUUUCAUGUUCUAUAAGGGAUAAUAUCCUUUAUGGAGCGGAUGAUCCUGAGAAAGUAACUGAAGAAGAUUUAAUGAGAGUUGCGAAAGAGGCGAACGUACAUGAAUUUGCAUCACAGUUGCCUAGCGGUUUUAAUACUUUGGUUGGUGAACGAGGAGUAAUGUUGAGUGGCGGACAGAAGCAAAGAGUCGCAAUUGCCAGGGCUCUAAUAAAAAAUCCCAAAAUUUUAUUAUUAGAUGAAGCAACCAGUGCUUUAGAUGCGCAAUCAGAACAUUUGGUUCAAGAAGCUCUAGAAAGAAUUAUGAAAGGAAGAACAGUUCUGACGAUCGCCCACAGAUUAUCAACUAUUCAAAAUGCCGACACAAUUGCCGUUUUAAAAGACGGAGUGAUCGUCGAACAGGGUUCUUAUCAAGAAUUACUUAAUUUAGAAAAUGGCGUUUUUAAAGACUUAAUGAAACAUCAGACGUUUCAAGUGGAAUGAAAUUGCACCAUCAAUAUAAUUGAUUUUAUAUUAUGUGUGGUACAAAUUGAUAUUUUAUUAAAUUGUGUAUUAUGUUAUAGUUGAAUGAAUAAAAUUUGUUGAAUUUAAAAA